UAAGCGCUAAUCACUUUCUUUCUGAUAUGGCUGGAAAUUGAACAGAAUUUACAAAUUUAACAAAAGUAACAAACAGGCAUACAACAGCGAAAAAUACCUGUUUCCGUACGGACAUCACCAUCUUGAUUGUCACUAUAAAGGAGGAACUAGUGUUGAAUAUUGCUGUAUAAAAUUACUUGUAAUGUGUAAACAAAAUCUAAACCAGGUUUUUUUUAAGAAUGUGCGUAUACAUAUUUCAAAUAUGUACAGAUUCUUUCGUGUCUAGCCAGUUGACUUUUAUUUGAUCAUUUACAUUGUAUUUCGAUUCAACACUCUGUCAUUGAUUUGCGUGUGAUGCAGCUAAGAACUGCACAGAAAAAGGCAUUCAUUAUUUUUUAUCUAAUUGAUACAGCUUUUGAUCUUUCAUCAACACCAACCACAAUCUUUUUAGCUCGACUAUUAUGUAUGAAAUAUAUAUAGUGGAACUAUCCUACUCACCCCGGCGUCGGCGUCACGUUAGCGUGAGUGUGCAAAUGUUAAAGUUUGCGUACCACCCCAAAUAUUUUCUAUGUCCCUUGUUAUAUUGCUUUAAUAAUUUGCAUACUUCUUUACCAACAUGACAACACCCUAUUAACAAGAGCAGACAUCUGUAUCAAGCAUUUUGUAAGAAUAAUGGCCCUUUUUUCACCUAGAAUAUGCAAAUAUUGAUAUAUCUAUGUUAAAGUUUGCGUACCACCUCAAAUAUUUUCAAUGUCCCUUGACAUAUUGCUUUCAUAUUUUGCAAACUUCUUUAUCAAUAUGAACCCAAUCGUUUAGGUUUCGAAAAAUGCUCAUAACAUAUAUGUCGCUUCAGAUAGCAACUUGAUAUUUGGCAUGCAUGUGUUUCUUAUGGAGCUGCACAUUUUAAGUGAUGAAAGGUCAAGGUCAUCCUUCAAGGUCAAAGCUCAAAUAUAUGGCUUCAAAGCGGCGCAGAAGGGGGCAUUGUGUUUCUGGCCAACACAUCUCUUGUUGAUUCAUAUACUUGUUACCUUUACAAUAGACUAUGGAUACCUCUGUCUGUAUGUGAUCAGUUGAGUCCAUAGAAUUAUACUGUGUGUGUGUGUGUGUGUUUCUAGUACCUCACAGCGUUUCAAAAUGUCCAGAUAUCAAUCCUUUCAGUUAAAGAUUUCAAUACCUCUAUCUGUAUGUAAUGUGCUUCUAGUGUGUGUUUGUGUGCCUUGUACCUCACAAUUUCUUAACAGUAAAUGUGUCUGGUACCUCACAGCGUUUUAAUAUUUCUGAAUAUCAUUCCACAUACAUCGCAUAUACAUGUACAUUACAGCAGUGUGUUUGUUAACAAGGGGUUCUUUCUGCUUUGGGUUUGAGUCCCACUGAAUACAGAAAAUCAUGUAAAUGUAGGGUAUAUGCUUACUUAAGAUGGUAGUGAUAAAGCACUACCAGUAUUCCCAGAAACAGAGGUAAUGUAAAUGGUGUGUAUGUAUAUCUGUGAAAUGAAGUGCAAGAGCUAAAGCACAUUAAAAGCCAAAUACAAAUAAUUUGUCACAGUUGACAGAGAGUGCUUUAUUUCAUACAGAUAAUGAUGAUGAUGAUGAUGAUGAUGAGUUCGAAGAAGCUGGCUUUGAACCUUCCAGUUCUAAAAAUGCCGAAAAGGACUCAUCUACAGGCACAUCUUGUUUCAAGAACAGACUAGAAAGUGCAAGUUUAAGGGAUACGGCUGGUUUUAUAAUAAAUGAUCAGCUCUUUUGCGGGUUUUGUGGAGAUUUGUUUGUGAUUCCUUAUCAGCUUACUUAAAAAAUUACAUUUUGGUGAAUACCUCUAUCUGUAUUUAGUGUGUUUCUAGUGUGUGUGUGCCUCGUACCUCACAAUGUGUGAACAGUUAAUGUUAUAUUACACCUUUGGAUUGCAUUACUGAACUUUUUGAUUACAAUGAUUAAAUGCUGUGCGUUUUUAUCCUUAUUAUGUCGUACAACCGGUUGGUGGUCUCUGAAAAGGUAGUUACUUCAGUUAUGACUUAUGAACAAUAAUUUUGUGAACUGCUUAAAAAAACAUGUUUAUCUGUUUGGAGGUGCAAAAUCCAAUUGAUUCAAUAUACAAUACAUUGACAUGAGAUGUUUCUUUUCUGGAAGAUGUUGACGGGCAUUAUUCUAGAAAGAGCCAUCAUUCCAGUAUGCUGAAAACAUCCCCUCAAGCUCUCCUGGUCCUAAAAAUGAGCACCAAAGGCCAAAGUGUCAGAGAUAAUGAUUGAACUGAUUCUAAAAAUGAGCCAUCCAGUAUUGGUGAAAUCGUCUCCUUCAAGCAUUCCUGGUUUCAAAAUCAGCAUCAAGGCCAAAGAGUCAGAGAUAAUGAUGAUGAUGAUGAUGACGAAGAAGCUGGCUUUGAACCAUCGAGUUCUGACGGUGCGGAAAUGGACUUGGCUACAGGCACAUCUUGUUUCAAGAACAGACAAGAAAGGGCAAGCUUAAAGGAUGACGAUGGGAGUGUUUCUAGAAAUGAGCCAUCCAGUUGUGCUGAAAACAACUCCUCUUCAAGCUCUCCUGGUUCCAAAAUGAGCACCAAUAGCCAAAGUACAGAGAUAAAGAAUGAACUGAUUCUAAAAAUGAGCCAUCCAGUAUUGGUGAAAACGUCUCCUUCAAGCAUUCCUGGUUCCAAAAUCAGCAUCAAAGGCCAAAGCGUCAGAGAUAAUGAUGAUGAUGACGAAGAAGCUGGCAUUGAACCUUCCAGUUCUAACUGCAGAAAUGGACUCAGCUACAAGCACAUCUUGUUUCAAAAACAGACAAGAAAGGGCAAGCUUAAGGAUAAGGCUGGUAAUGAAGGUUAUGGUGACGAAGAAGCUUGCUCUGAACCUUUAAGUUCUAACGCACUGUUAGAAAAAAGGACACAUCUUCACGCACAUCUGGUUACAAGUACAGAGAAGAAAGGGCAUGUAAGGGGUAAUGAAGGUGGUGGUGACGAAGAAGCUUGCUCUGAACCUGUAAGUUCCAACGCACUGUUAGAAAAGGACACAUCUUCACGCACAUCUGGUGUCAAGUACAGAGAAGAAAGGGCGAGCGUAAGGGGUAAUGAAGGUGGUGGUGACGAAGAAGCUUGCUCUGAACCUUUAAGUUCCAAUGCACUGUUAGAAAAGGACACAUCUUCACGCACAUCUGGUUACAAGUACAGAGAAGAAAGGGCGAGCGUAAGGGGUAAUGAAGGUGGUGGUGACGAAGAAGCUUGCUCUGAACCUUUAAGUUCCAAUGCACUGUUAGAAAAGGACAAAUCUUCACGCACAUCUGGUUACAAGUACAGAGAAGAAAGGGCGAGCGUAAGGGACCCUGAAUCUUCUGACACAGACCAUGAUGUGCCAGUAAGACAACCACAUGCAAAACCUGGGCCGUCCACAACUGUAACCAUGUCGGGUCAUCCCAAGAGGCUUCAGAAACUCGGUGAAGACCAGAGUCAUCUUUUGAAGACGCUGUUCAAAACGAAUAUUGUGUUGAGGAAGGAGCUUAAGCGUGAAGACUGUGAAAGAGUAAUGCAAAAAUAUGAAAUUCUACACGGAUUGUCAUGGAAAAAAAUUAAAAAACACGAUUCAUAACUGGAUUACUGCUAAAAGUGAAAACAAAAAUGAUUUUAUAGCUUUUUAGCCCACCUGCGCACAAUGUUCUCAUGGUGAGCUUUUGUGAUCGCUUUUUGCCCGUUGUCCAUCUUGCGGCAUCAACAUUUGCCUUGUUAAUAUUCUAGAGGUCACAUUAAUUGUCCGAUCUUCAUGAAAUUUUAUUUGACGAUUUGUCCCAAUGAUAUCUUGGAAAAGAUUACAAAUGGUUUCGGUUGGUUGAAAAACAAUAAUUUACACGCCAUAUACUCCAUACUUAAAUCAAUAUUGUUAUAUGCAAAGCAGCAAUGCUUAAAAGAAAUAAUACAAAAUUGGGAGGGGGCAUUACUCGUAUGAAAACAAGAUGGUGGUAUUUGUUAUAAACACGUGUAAAACAGUUGGAUUUUUCUGGCCAAAGACAACUAUUCAUACGACCAACUUCUUAAUUUUUGCAUAGCUCGUCAUAUUGAUUUCCAUUCAGAUUUACUUCAGAAAAAAUCUAUUUCAUAUCUCUGAUGCCAGAGCUAUACAUAUGUUUAUAAGAAGAGUAAAUCUGAGAUCCGUUUUCAUUUAUGAUAUUUGAAAUGGCAUGUUUAGACGAAGAUUCUCUACAAUUUUCUACAUAAAUAUAUAUAUAUAUUUUUUGUAAAAAUGGUUUCGGUUGGUUGAAAAACAGUAAUUUACACGCCAUAUACUCCAUACUUAAAUCAAUAUUGUUAUAUGCAAAGCAGCAAUGCUUAAAAGAAAUAAUACAAAAUUGGGAGGGGGCAUUACUCGUAUGAAAACAAGAUGGUGGUAUUUGUUAUAAACACGUGUAAAACAGUUGGAUUUUUUCUGGCUGAAGAUAACUAUUCAUACGACCAAAUUCUUAAUUUUUGCAAAGCUCGUCAAAUUGAUUUCCAUUGUAGAAUUUACUUUAGUUCGGAGUUGCGAACCGAAUUGACCAUGUUUUUGUUAGCAAGUAAUACUGUACAACAAGGUCUAUUUUUUCUCCACUCUCAAUAAACAUGUUUUACUUACUCUGCAAUAGUUUAUGAGUUACUAAAUUCCUUUGAAACAUUGGACCAUUUUCUUUAUUAACAGAUCAUACUUGCACAAUUGUUGUUAUGUUUUCUUUAUGGUUAAGGCAUUGUGACAUGUAUAUUAAUUUGAUUUUUAUGCCCCCCGAUAGAGGGCAUAUAGUGAUCGGACCGUCCGUCUGUCUGUCUGUCUUUCCGUCACACUUUGCGUUUAGGUUUCGCAUUUAGGUUUAAAAAAAUGCUCAUAACUUCUAUGUCCCUUCAGAUAGCAACUUGAUAUUUGGCAUGCAUGUGUAUCUCGUGGAGCUGCACAUUUUGAGUGGUAAAAGGUCAAGGUCAUCCUUCAAUGUCAAUGGUCAAAUAUAUCACUUCAAAGCGGCGCAGAAGGGGCAUUGUGUUUACGACAAACACAUCUCUUGUUUUCAGAUGAUAUUGUCUGAACUUGACAUUAGUUCUAUGUGUGAUGAUUAAAGCAUUGUGUCAUGUAUGAAGAUAUUUUGCUUAAAUGUUUUCAUGUUGUGGUAUUCACUCUUCUAUAUACUUUGUGUCAGAAGAAAUUAAGUCUUUGAUUUUUAUAAUAUACAAUUGUAAUUAGAUUUUUUCCUGAUGAUAUUCUGAACUUGACAUUUGUUCUAGGUGGGAGGGUUAAGGCAUUGUUUCAUGUAUGAAUAUAUUUUGCUUAAACGUUUUCAUGUUGUGGUAUUGACUCUUCUAUAUAAUUUGUGUCUGAAGAAAGUAAGUGCUUGAUUUUCAUAAUAUACAUCUAUAAUUUGAUUUUUUAUACGCCCGUUUUUCAAAACGGGACGUAUUAUAGUUUCACCCUUGGCGGGCGGGUGGACGCCGCCGGUGGGUGGACGGGCGGUUUCCACAGCAGUUUCUGCUCUCUAUUUCAAAUAGUUUUCAUCUGAUCUUCACCAAACUUGGUCAGAAGUUGUAUCUAGACAAUAUCUAGGUUAAGUUUGAAUAUGGGUCAUGUCGAGUCAAAAACUAGGUCGCGGGGUCACUUAGUGCAUUUCAGGAUUAAGUAUGGUUUCCGCUCUCUAACUGAAGAAGUUUUCAUCCGAUCUUCACCAAAUUUGGUCAGAAAGUGUAUCUAGACAAUAUUUAGGUCAAGUUCGAAUAUGGUUUAUGCUGGGUCAAAUACUAGGUCACGGGAUAACCAAGUGCAUUUCAAGGAUUUAGCAUGGUGUCCGCUCUCUUAAUUGAAGUAGUUUUUUUUGUGUACAUGAUAUUUAGGUAAAGUUCAAAUAUGGGUCAUGCCGGGUCAAAAACUAGGUCAUGAAGUCACUUAGUGCAUUUCAAGCAUUUAGCAUGGUGUCUGCUCUCUAAUUGAAGUAGUUUUGAUCCGAUCUUCACCAAAUUUGGUCAGAAGUUGUGUCUAGAUGAUGUCCAAAACCUUCAAAAGGGCGUAUCCUAUGACAGUUUGGCACUCUUGUUUCCAGAUGAUAUUGUCUGAACUUGACAUUGUUCGAAGUGUAAAUACAUUUUGAAACUACUUUUUGUCAUAAAAAUGUUUGGGAGUAUUUUUUGGAGGAAUAAACUGUUUUAAAUCGA